AUGCCCAGCUUGGAUGAACACUUGGGGAUUGACGUACUGUCGUCUCUGUACCUGCGGAUACUUGCGUGGAGACUCACACAGGGGCAGAUGAAGAGCAUGAUCUGUGCUCUUUCCCAUGAAAACCUGGUUUCUCGCAAUAUUUACAUUGAUGAGAAUCUGAACCUAACAGUUUUCAUCGGGUGGGAGUUAGUCAAGUUCAUGCCCAUUCGUUUCGCCAUGCGAUUCCCUUCGUUUCUGGACAUCACUAGCAAGCAACAGCCGCGAGACCUGCCUGUCGACCCGAAGGAGUUCAGCAAGAAAUACCUCAAGGUCCCAACAUUCAUGACGGUCGACCGGGGAUUCUAUGUCUCCCCACACGACUGCCUCGUUGGUUGCCUUCCCGAGUGCCUGAGUGGGAAAAUCGAAGAGAUAAUUCCCCAGAGAGAUCUGUACUUGGAGGUCUGGGACAUCUUUCGCCAACACGUCCCGAGGAAAGGCUUCAAUCAGAGGGCCAAGCUGAUCGCCCCCUUCCUGUAUCAGGCGCUCAACAGAGAGCAGGACUGGGAAGACGUGGAGGCGAGGCUGCGACAGGCGAUUGGUAGGCCACGACCGUCGGCUUAA